AUGCAAUAAUAAUAUUCUAAUAGUACAAUAUAGGAUUUCAAUAUACUUGAGAAAUUGGGAGAAGGAUCCUUUUCUUCCGUAUACAAGGUAUGUUGAGAAUUGAUACCUCUAGGUGUAAAGAAAAUCGGAUGGUUUAUAUUAUGCUAUGAAGAAGGUGAAUAUUUCACAAUAGAGCCUGAAAGAGAGAGAGAAUGCUUUAAAUGAAAUUAGAAUAUUAGCAUCUUUAGAUUCUCCUUAUAUAGUAGAAUUUAAGGAUGCUUUUAUUGAUUAAGAUGGAAGAAUUCUUUAUGUAAUUAUGGAGUUUGCAUCUGGUGGGGACUUAAAUCAAAUUUUAAAAUAAGGAAAGUUAUAGGGAGGAAUAUAAGAGAGUGAAAUUUGGAAUAUAUUAACAUAGAUCACACUUGGAGUGAAAAUAUUGCAUGAGAAUGGCAUUUUACAUCGGGAUCUAAAAUCAGCAAAUGUAUUUGUAUCCUAAACUCCUAAAGGAAAUAUUUAUAAAAUAGGAGAUAUGAAUAUAAGUAAAGUUACUCAUGGAGCAAAUGCUAAGACCUAGACAGGAACUCCAUGUAUUGAUAUAAAUUUAUACAAUAGAUUAUGCUGCACCUGAAGUUUGGAAGGGUGAAUAAUAUUCAUGGCCUUGUGAUAUUUGGUCUAUUGGUUGUAUAAUCUAUGAAUUAACUACAUUUCAGCCUCCUUUUAGAGCUGCAGAUCUUUUAACAUUAAACAAAAAGAUUUAAGCAGGUUAAUAUGAUCCUAUUCCACCAAAAUUUAGUUAAGAUUUAUAGGAUGUUUUAAAGAUUCUUUUAUAAGUUGAUUCCAAGAAUAGACCAAAUUGUGAUUAAAUUCUUAAGAAUCCAAAAGUAAUUAAGAAUAGUGGAUCAUUAUUAGUAGAAGUGGAGUAGAAUGGUGUUAAGUAAGCAAAAUUAUUAUAAACAAUAAAACUCCCUUUUAAUUUAAAAUAAUUAAAGGAUAAUUUACCAAAGUCUAAAUAUGAAACUAAGAUCUAAAGAUCUCAUUCUUAAUAAGGGCUUAAAAUUGAGACAGAUAAUCCUGUAUCUUAAUAACCUCGAAUAAAAAUGGAUAUAUAAUAAUAAUAAUAAUAAUUAAAAAAAAAAUUAAUUAGUGUACCAUCAUAAGGUGCUCCAUUAAAAAACAAACCUCCUUUGGCCAAACCUUAAAAUGUCUAAGCUUAAAAAUUUGAAUAUCAUCCUUAGACUCCUUAAUAUUAUGGAUAAAAAAUACAAUAUUAAGAUUAAAAAUAGUAGUUGUAUACAUAUCUUAUUUAUUAAAGAAAUCAUGGACAAUAAUUUUGUAAACCAACAUUUUUGAAACAAAAUUAUGGUAUUCGAGACAUUUCCCCUAGGAAUCAGAAUAAUAUUUAUCUAUAAUAGAGAGUUGGAUAAUAGCCUCAAUAUAAUAUGGGAAAAUAAAUCUAACAUAAAAGACAAUAUAGUGCUGGAAUAUAUGGAAGAUAAUAAAUAAAUAAAUGA